CUCAAAAUUAGGGUUUACUUCUCUCGUCUCCCUCCUACUCUCCCGCUGCCUCUCUCCUUCCCAGAACGGCGUCCGAUCUUUUCUAGGGUUUCAUCUGGAUCCAAAACAUGGUUCUCCCGAACGACAUUGAUCUUUUGAAUCCGCCAGCGGAGCUCGAGAAGAGGAGACACAAGCUCAAGCGCCUCGUUCAAUCCCCUAACUCGUUCUUCAUGGAUGUAAAGUGCCAGGGAUGCUUCAACAUAACAACUGUGUUUAGCCACUCACAGACUGUCGUCGUCUGCGGUAACUGCCAGACUGUGCUGUGCCAGCCAACAGGGGGUCGUGCAAGGCUCACAGAGGGAUGCUCUUUCAGAAAGAAGGGAGAUUGAAGUCAUGGCAAUGGCAGGUUUUUCCUACCUUCUUCACUUGCCUGACAUAUUUAAAUGGAAUGUGGGUUUGAUCCUUCUUGAUCGAUCACGUCGCAGUUUAAUCUUAGUUGUUUUUGAUGCAAAGUACAUCAUGUGACCACUGAGAUGUAUGAUGAAACAUCCUCAUGCUUUCAAGAUUUUGCAACUAUGGAACUUCUUAGUCCUAGUUAUGAAGGAGAAGAAUGUGUUUUGUUACGGUCGUUUUGCUCAAUGAGGAGUUAUUUUCCUUCCUGAAGGAUUUUUCUGGAGGUAUUUGGGUGGAUAUGAGCCAUGAUUUCAGACAUUUUCAGCU